AAACAUUAAAAUAAAUAAAAAUAAUUAAGACAAGACUCUAAAAAUCGUAAAUUUAUCUACAGUUUUCUUAAUGUUAGAUAUUUCAUAUAAGAAACGGUGUGAUAACUUUCGUAUCGAAAUGUUAGUUCGGACGCUCCCCUUGUCCCUGGAAUUCUCAAUUUAUUAUAAUAAGGAUUCGCGUUUUCACUGAAGAUAUAAUGUUGUUUUUAUGUGAAAAUCAAUUUAACAUACAAGUGUUUCGCGCCAAAUCAUAAUGAGCGAUAAAUUGAACAGGGAGUUUUACGCUUCAGGAGCUGCAGCCUUCAACUAUAACAAUGUGACGGGCGGCGCGGACAGCGGCUCGGGCGGAUCGGGCGGGUCGGGCUCGGGCAUGGACUGCUUGCAGCUGCGCGCGCAGCCCGGCCCCUUCCACUACCUCAUCUCGGAGCAGGCUAAGUCCUUCGUCGCCUUGCAGGAGCUCCAGAAUGAGGUCGGGGCCCUGCUCGAGUUCCGCGACCUCGUCAUCGAGACGUUUCCCAACCUGCGCUCCAAGAUGUCGCCCUCGACGCCGGCGGGCGCGCGCAGGGAGUGGGAGCCCGGAGUGCGCGUGCGCCGCAAGCUGGCCGGCGCCAGUGAUGGUCGCAAGCCGCAGCCCUCCGUGCAAGACUCAGGUUUCAGCACAGAGACCUCCUGCGGCAAAGACGCGCACUCCUCCGCUUCCGCCUCCGCAUCGGCGACCGCCACCCGCUCGCGUCCUCUCGAAGAUGAACUCUGGGCCCUGCUCGACACCAUCCAACGGAAGGGAGUCCGGAUACGGGACGAGGCGGAGUUGCUUCGGGGGGAACUGGACGAGAGACGGUCCGAGACGACAGAGGAGUCAUUUGCCCGCGCACUAUCCGGCGGCUGCGGAGAAUGCACAGAUCUCGUGCGGCUGAGGGAGGAGCGGGAUGCACUGUUGGCACGUGCCGCGCAGCUGGAGGCGGCGGCAGCACUCGCCAGCGCCGCGCCCCCGCCCGUGCCUUCCACAAGCCCUGCACCCCUUUCGCCCGCCUGCCUGGGCCGACUGGACGCAACGCUGGAGCGCCCGCCGCGGACGCCGCUUGUACCCCGACCGGACUCCAAGAAAUUCACGGCGAUUCUCCAAGAGAGCAAUCCCGUCGAACUUCAGCGCCAACUGCUCUCUUUUACCGUACAAAAUCAGGUAUACUGCGAGCAACUGAAACGCGCUGCGGAGCAGAAGACGUUGCUGCUCGAGAGACUCGAGCGCGCCAACGAACUCAAUGAAGACCUCAAGUUCAGAUUGGAGGAGAAGAGCAUAGAACUGGAGGGCGCGCGGGCCCGCGUGCGGCAGCUGGAAGGGCGGCGAAGCUCGAGCGAGCUGCACAGCAGCAUGCGCGACAUGCAGCCGCUCGCCAUGCCCGAGCCCAGACAGGGGCACGAGCACGAGGAGGAGGAGGAGCGGCUGUCGCAGACCCCGCGCCAUCGGCCCAGCCGCAUCCCGCGACACACGCCCCACAAGACGGCCGCGCCCCGCCCGCCCCCCGCCGCAGAGCCGCGCCCGCCCUCCGCCCACUCGGCGCACUCGGCGCACUCGGCGCGCUCGGUGCGCUCCGCCCACUCGGCGCGCGGCCGCGCCCCCGCCCCCGAGCCCUCCGGCCUCCCCGUCCGCCGCACGCCCCCCCACGACAAGAUGAGCGAGUGCGCGCGCGAGUCGCUGGCGGCGGAGUACGUGGCGCGCACGGAGCGGCUCGCCCCCCUGCUGCCCGCGCUCCGCACCGCGCGCCCCCCGGACCCCCCGUGCGCCCCCCGUCUGCCCCGCACGCGCCCCCUGCCCGCAGACCUCGCCCCCCACAACCUAGCCUUGGAGCUCACCCGCUCCAUACUGUACGAGGACGCGGACUCCAUAGACAUCCACACAUUGAGGUCCAUCAACUCGCACGAGGACUCGCUGUGGCACGGCAAGCCUCAACAGUACUUCGAGAGCAUGAACUACGGACAAGACUUCAACGAUGACGUAGAUCUUGUGCCGGAGAAUAAAGAUUUUGAAAGCGAUUCCUUGGCUCAGUGAGAUCGAGUAUUGUUUAAGUUUUAAGUCGGUAUUUCGCUUCUUUAUUAAUGAAAUAAUUUGGUGAUUCGGUGAUUGGUUUAUUCUUGAUACAACUGUCUUAUUAUAUUUAUAUAAUUUACCUUUUAUGUACUGUUUAAAUUGCAACUUGUUAAAUAGAAAGGAAACAUUGUUCAAUGUAACUUUCGAAGCAAAGACGGAUCCAGAUUCUUUGAAGACCGCUGGUCGGAGUUCGACAAACGAGUCUUUAGUAAUGUUUAUUUUCCACUAUUUGAUGGUAUUUUGCGUUUAAUUUUUUAAAGUUUGAAAUAAA